AUUGACCGGCUACUUCCAACCGAUUUCCGGUAGUGUCCGGUACAUUUUUUACGAAGCAUGGCGGCUAUAGGGGUUCAUUUUGGAUACACAUGUGCUUGUGUAGCGAUAUUUAAGGAUGGUAGGGCUGACGUAGUUGCAAAUGAUGCUGGCGACAGAGUUACCCCCGCCGUGGUGGCAUACAGGGCUACUGAACAGAUCGUGGGAAUAGCUGCCAAACAGGGAAGAAUAAGAAAUGCUAACAAUACCGUCGUGAAAGUGAAGCAGAUACUGGGCAGAAGUUUUGAUGACCCAGAGGCAGAGGCUCACAAAGCAGAGAGCAAAUGCCCAGUAGUAAAUAAAGGUGAUCUGCCCAAAUAUGAAAUUGACACAGGAGAGACAACAAAGUAUGUGUCACCUGACGAAGUCGCCAAGUUAGUCUUCCAUAAAAUGAAAGAGACGGCUCAGUCUGCCCUUGGGUCUGAUGUCGCCGAUGCCGUCAUCACUGUGCCUUUUGAGUUUGGAGAGAAUCAGAAGAACGCCCUCAGAAAGGCUGCCGAGGACGCCGGGUUUAAGGUGCUGAGGCUGAUCCAUGAGCCCACAGCAGCCGUGUUGGCCUACGGCAUCGGCCAGGACUCCCCCUCUGGCAAAAGCCACGUGCUGGUGUAUAAGCUGGGCGGCACGUCUCUGAGUGUGACUGCGCUGGAGGUGAACAGUGGGAUGUACCGGGUGCUGGCCACAAACACUGACCACAGCACCGGUGGAGAGAGCUUCACACACGCACUGGCCCAGCACCUUGCCGCCGAGUUUAAGAAAUCCUUUAAGCAGGAUGUGACUGGUAACGCCAGAGCGAUGAUGAAGCUGAUGAACAGUGCUGACGGGGCCAAGCACAUCCUCUCCACUCUGAGCAGUGCCAACUGCUUUGUGGACUCUCUGCACGAUGGCAUGGACUUUGAAUGCAAUGUGUCGAGGGCACGAUUUGAGCUUAUAUGCUCGUCUCUCUUCAAUAAGAGCAUCAAGCCAAUCAAAAGCCUCCUAGAGCAAGUCAGUCUGUCCACAAGUGAUGUCAACAAGGUGGUGCUGUGUGGUGGGUCGGCUAAGAUCCCAAGGCUGCAGCAGAUGAUCAAGGAGCUCUUCCCUGAGGUGGAGCUGCUGAGCUCCAUCGCCCCUGAUGAGGUGAUCCCUGUGGGCGCUGCCCUGCAGGCGGGCAUCCUGGUGGGUAAGGACAGCCUGCCGAUGGGGGAGGACUCCAUCACCAUCGACUGCUGUGACAAAGAUAUCCUGGUCAAGGAGGUGGAUGAGUCUGGAGAGGAGCUGUUAAAUGUGCUCAUACCCUCGGGCACCCCGCUGCCUGCCCGCCGACAGCACACACUUCAGGGCCCCGGCAACCUGACCUCCGUAUGUCUGGACCUCUACCAGGCCCAACAACGUCUUGCUCUGAUUGUUCUGAGAGAUCUGGAACCCAAGGAGGAGAACCAUGACAUUGACACUGUGAUCACAAUGAAAAGGGAUGGCUCAUUACACGUCACCUGUACGGAGCUGCUCAGUGGACGGUCCGAGUCCGUUACCAUAGCAGCGGCUGCAGCAGCUGCAUCAUAAAUGAGAUGACACCUCUCUGGUCUCCAUGGAGAUAUUCUACCCUAUAACCCAAACCUCACAAGUCUGUUUCAUUACUGUAAUCCAAGAGUACAAGAUAAACUGACAUCUUAAUCCCGGUGUUCAGGUCCUCUUCUUUUUUUCAAUAAACAGUGUGUGUAUAUAUGAAGAAAA